AUGUCAACCGAUCCCGACUCACAAUCCAAUGGCUACGAUGGCCACACACACCCGAUCGAGCGAUCCGACUCUUCGGUGUCGACAUCCACUUCUGAAAACAAUGAACCCGACACCAGUCAGCCUGUGAUUCACCAGCCUGUGCCCACUCGCCCACGAAUGCCAAGCCGAAAAAGCAGUGGUCCCCUCGUCGUUCCACGCGACAGUUCCGAAGUUGGUCCCGUCGACCCUCAAUUCGGCCCCGACGAUGUCAGAGCCAUGAGUCCUCGACGAACCAGCGAAGACAUUGACAGACUGGGUAAAGAAGCCCGAGAAGAAAUGCGAAGACAUGCCAAAGCCUUGCAAGAGUCCCUCAUCACCAUAUUCAAUCGUAUCGAGGCAGUGCGUGAAGAGCACGACAAGUUGGAUAACAACAACAAGUUCCUUCAAAAGUACAUCGGCGAUCUAAUGAGCACCACUAAGAUUACCUCAUCCGGAAGCCGGGGAAAGAAAUGA